AGAGUAUAUGAGAAGUGAAGAAGGAUUGAGAGAGAGAGAGAGAAUGGUGGGUGUAGGAUUAGGUGUGACAGCAGCAAUGAUUGGAACUCAGUUCUUGGAAGUGGGUCUCAACACUCUAAUCAAACAAGCAAACACCAACGGAAUGAGUAAUUUUGUCUUCAUUGUGUAUUCUAACUUCUUCGCUCUCUUCGUCCUCGCCCCAACAACCUUCUUCUACCACAGGAAGAGAGCUCCUCCUACAAUCCCAAGAUCAAUUCUCUGUAAAAUGUUUGCCAUUAGCUGCCUCAGCACUGUAGUGCAGACGUUGAUGUACACCGGAAUCUCAUACAGCUCUCCCACACUAUGUUCUGCUAUGGUUGACCUUGUUCCUGCUUUUACCUUCAUCUUUGCCCUUUUUUCAAGGAUGGAAAAUCUGAAUCUAAAACAGCAUAGCUGCCAGGCAAAAGUUAUGGGCACAGUGGUCUCCAUUGCAGGGGCAUUCAUAGUGACUCUAUAUAAAGGAACGCCAUUGAAUUUCAGUUUGUUGAGAAAUGGAACUUACCUUUCAACGCAAUCAGAUUGGAUCAUUGGUGGUUUUCUUCUUGCAAUUUCUAGUCUCUGCAUUUCAGUUUUGCUUAUUGUUCAGGUAAUUAAACAAUCCAUUCUGAACAUCAACACACCAGUUUUUUCAUAUUUUAAUGUUUUUCCAACACUGCAGACUUCGGCUGUGAAGGAAUAUCCUGAAGAGUUAGUGAUAACAACCACUUGUUGCAGCAUGGUGGUCAUCUUAUCUGCCAUAGUUGCUCUGUUUGCAGAGGGAAAUCCAAAAGCUUGGAUAUUCACAUCUCACAAAGAGUUCAUAGCUGUAUUUUAUUCGGCAAUAUUUGUGGUAUCAAUGAGGAGUGUUGUGUGCACAUGGGGAUGUCGAAAGAAGGGACCAGUUUACGUAGCAAUGUUUAACCCUUUGGGAAUGGUGAUUGCACUUGGCAUGGGGGUAAUAUUUCUGGGAGAGAGUCUUUAUCUUGGAAGUGUGAUUGGAGCUGCUACGAUAGGUAUUGGAUUUUAUUUGGUGAUGUGGGCACAUGCUGAAGACAGUAAUGUGGCAGAGGAGAAUACUGUGACUUCCUCUGCAGCUCCUCUAUUGUCUACCAAAAGCAUCGAUGUAUAGAUAGAUAUUCUUUAUAGGUCUUGAUUGAACUGUUAAGAGAAUAACAUUUAAGUCUGAUUUAGUUAUUUAUUGUAAAUAUUUUUUGAAAGUUUGAAUAUGUAUAAAAAUUUUUUAGAUC